CCGUAAACAGACGGGCACCAUCGUGAGCGGGCACUGUGCUCUCGGACACGGCAGGACGGUACCGGGGAAGGGGAUUUGAAGACCUCUGUGACCCGCGACUCGAGGCACUAUGAGUCCCUCAGUGACAUUUGGGUGUUUUGCGCAGAACAGCGUCAGACGUGAGAAUGAGCUGCCCAUCACCUUCCUCUGGGGCUGGGUGUACGGACCUGCGGCUCAACGUCCUGCUGCUGGGAGGCCCCCAGAGCGGGAAGAGUGCCACGGGGAACACGCUGCUGGGCAGCCGUGACUUCCCCAGCCGGCUGUCCCCCGGCGCCGUCACCACUGAGUGCAGGCUCCGGCGCCAGGUCAUGCCCGCCUUCCUGCGCCGGCAGGGGCGCCAGGCAGCGCUGCACCUCUCCGUGCUGGACACCCCCGCCUACCCAAACCUUCUGCUGAGCCCGGAGGAGGUGAAGCACACUGUGGCCCACGCUGUGGAGCAGGGGUUCAAGGGCGGCCCCCAUGUCCUGCUGCUGGUGCUGCGGGCCGACACUCCCCCCUGUGACGCCGCGGGCCAGCUGACGCACUUCGCUGAGGAUCUCUUUGGCCCCGAGUGGAGAGGACACACCCUGCUGGCGCUCAGCCACGGCGACCGCGUGGACCAGGCCCAUCUCGGGUCCACCGAGUACCUCAUGCAGGCUUCCGGCGCCUUCCAGGCCCUGCUGGAAACUGUAGAACGCCGACACCACUUUGUGGACAACUCAGCAACCUGGCUGCGUACAGAGGGACGACCCCUGCUGGAAAAACUGGUGCUGCUCACCAGGAAAAACAAAUACAGAGGACUUCAGCUAAAGAGCGUCUGAGUGCUGAAAGACACUUCACUUAGGGAGCGUUGUUACUGCCUUUAGUCCAUGGAGGUGGACACUGUCCUAAGAGCAUCCUGGAUGUAGUGUUGAGCAGAACUGCCCAUGUGUGAACAGGUGAAUACUGCAAGGUCCUUUGAUAGACAAGGUUGGAAGUAAACUAAUAAUGCCCUCAGUGUCUCACAAUACAAAUUAAAAAAAUGUCCUCUUGA